GUUGCCAGCAAGUCGGCUUUCACCCAGAUAAGAGCCCCAGAUAGUUGGUUGCAUCUGGUCUUGUAUCUGUACGAUUCAGGUCAGGUCUGGCUCGCCCAAAGAGGCGAGACAGUCUGCACUGAUUGCUUGCUUGGCUGGCACGUGGCGGAUUAACUUAAAUGCAAGCUCCGAUUCUCGCCCCACCCCUGCAUCCCGAUCGAGUGAAGAUGGUCUAAAUUUUCUGCGAAACCGCGACGCCGACCUACUUGAUCAGGCGUCACACCCCUAUUUCUGCUGCCAAGGCUUGGUCAUCCUGGUCUCUCUCUUACACUGCCAGUGUCAAUCUAUCGCUGUUCUCAAAAAGUCACUCCAAAAUGGCUGGCGGUGACACUGCGGCCAGGCCGCCCCGUGAGAUCUUCGACACCAUCCUGCUCUUGGACUUUGGAAGUCAGACGUCGCACCUGAUUCUCAGGGGUCUCCGGUCGCUCAAUGUCUUCUGUGAGGUUCUGCCAGGUCCGACCAGGGCCAGCGAGCUGAACUGGAAGCCAAAGGGGAUUAUCUUCAGCGGAGGACCUGCAUCUGUGAAGGAUCAGGGGGCUCCUCACGUCGACCCUGCCUUCUUCGAUUUGGGAGUACCAAUCCUCGGAAUCUGCUACGGUUGCCAGGAGAUCGCCUGGCUAUCAGGCGCUGAGAACGUCGCCCCGGGCGAGAACCAGGAGUAUGGCCACACGGAUCUGAACAUCUAUCAAGAUGGCAGCUCUGAUCACAUUAACCACCUCUUCAAGGGUCUGGGAGAGUCAAUGCACGUCUACAUGAGCCACUUUGACAAGCUGGUCAGGUUACCCAAGGAUUUCGUCAGGAUUGCCAGCUCCAAGAACUCUGAGUAUGCAGGAAUUGCCCACCAGACCAAGCCAAUUUAUGGAAUUCAAUUCCACCCUGAGGUUUCGCACACUCCCCGCGGAGGAGAAAUCCUCAAGAAUUUUGCCGUCGAUAUUUGCAAAGCCCGCCAGCACUGGGUUAUGAGCGACUUCAUUCAGCACGCGAUCGAACGUAUUCGCCAGCAGGUUGGUGACAAGGCCCAAGUCAUUGGCGCAGUCUCGGGCGGUGUCGACAGCACGGUAGUUGCCCGUCUUAUGCGGGAAGCCAUUGGCGACAGAUUCCACGCCGUUCUCGUGGACAAUGGCGUGAUGCGUCUCAACGAGAGCCAGCAGGUGAAGCAGACGCUCCAGGAAAACCUCGGCAUCAACCUGACCGUCAUCGAUGGGUCAGCGAGAUUCCUUGAGGCCCUCAAGGGCGUCAGCGAGCCCGAGACCAAGCGGAAGAUCAUUGGCAACCUCUUCAUCGAGUUGUUCGAGGAGGAGGCUGUCAGGAUCGAGAAGGCGGCCGAGAACACACCCAACGCGGGCAAGGUUGAGUUUUUCGUCCAGGGUACCCUAUACCCAGACGUCAUCGAGUCUCUGAGCUUCAGACCCGGCUCAAACUCGGCAACCAUCAAGACACACCACAACGUCGGCGGUCUGCCCGCCCGCAUGAUGAACGGCCAAGGCCUCAAGCUGAUUGAGCCCCUGAGGGAGCUCUUCAAGGACGAGGUCCGCGGCUUCGGCCGCCAGCUUGGCAUCUCAGAGGAGCUGGUCAUGCGCCACCCCUUCCCCGGCCCCGGCAUCGCCAUCAGGAUCAUCGGGGACGUCACGCCCGAGCGUGUCGCGAUCGUCCAGAAGGCCGACAACAUCUUCAUCUCCAUGAUCAAGGAGGCGGGCAUCUACGACGAGAUUGCCCAGGCCUACGCCGGGCUUGACACCAACAGGGCUGUUGGUGUCAUGGGUGAUGACCGCGUCUACGGCUACAUCGUCAUCCUCCGUGCUGUUGCGUCGGUCAACUUCAUGACCGCCGAGCCGUACGAGUUCAGCUUCGAUUUCCUGAAGCAGGCCGCGCGGAGGAUCGUGAACGAGGUUGUCGGAGUCUCUCGUGUCACUUACGACAUUACGAGCAAGCCUCCAGGAACCAUCGAGUUGGAGUGAUUGGCUUUGUAGGCUGUGAAGGGGCCCCUUUGUUCUGUCGUUGACGCCGACAUCGCAACAGCAGACUUUUGGGUCCAGUUCUGGGUCUCGCAACCUAAAAAUGUCACAUGGCCCCCGCACGCGCGACUGCCACCGCAUACUUGCGAGAUUGCGCCCAUCCACGGUUCGCGGUCAUCCUCCGCUCUGUGAGACGGGCCAUGGUCACAAACAGCUGUUCCUUUGCGCAGUGGAAUCGCGAAGGGCAGUGGGGAAUCUUAUUCGUCCCUCAUUCCGUCCGGUAGAGAUGAAACGCUUCAUUGCUAGAUCGUGGAGACAAUUUCUGGAUUUUAGACAAGUGGAAAGAGGCCGGGGAUCACGGUGACGGCGGGUGGCAAAGAGAGAGAGCGGAUGAUUGAAUGAAUAGACUAAAUGAAGCAGCGGAUGAUAUUGAUUGUUGAAUGCGGCGUCUUAUUCAACUAUUGAUAUAUUAGCCGGUGCCUCUUCCUCUGUGCAACAGCUUGAAGACAAAGGUGGUCUUCGUCCUUUCGUCACGUUUCGGUGACCUGUUCGCUGAGGACUUGCAAGUUCAUCGCCUGGCUGGGCUGUAUGAUGUUUUGAAGAUCUCUCCAAUCGAAAGACCUUUGUUUCAACAGAAUAAA